GCAACCUUAACAGAAUACAUGUAUUGCACAACACUCGUCAAAUUCAAGCAAACGUGCGUUCACGAUUUAAGCCCGCGCUUGCCAGUUGAUUCACGCUUGCCCGCGAAAUUCUAUCAACCAAUCUUUACGGACAGAUAAAGUUCUGAUUGUCACCUUUCAUAAGCUUGCCAGCACUCAAAGCUAACCGACUCGGGCGGCCGCCGACGACUCGCUGCUGUAAUGGCCAGCGCCGGAGAGGCUUCGUUCUGCCAGCAUAGUAUAGAGCAAAAUGUGAGGCUGGACGGGCGGCGCUGCUUGGACAUGCGGCCUAUCGAGCUCGAGCUGGGUGUCAUCGCGCAAGCGGCGGGCUCGGCACGGCUACACAUAGGAGCAACAGACGUCAUCGUUGGCGUAAAGGUGGAGGUGGCGUCUCCGUCGCCGUUCGCGCCCACACAGGGCCGACUGGGCGUGACCGUGGAGUUCUCGCCCUGCGCCUCCCCCGUGUACCAGGGUCGCUUCGGUGAGACGUACGGCGAGCAAAUCGCCGCCGCCAUUGAGGCCAGCCUCGCGCCCAGCACCCGCGCCGGCGGAGCCGCCGCGGCCGCCGCCGCCCCAGCCAACGGCGGCGCCGCAGGCGCCUCCACCUCCGCCACCGCCACUGCUGCCCCGACCCCUUCUGCGAGCGGCCCGUCGUGGGGCUUGGACCUGGGCAAGCUGUGCAUCAGCGCGGGCAAGACCGCCUGGGCGCUGUACGUGGACGCGCUGGUGCUCAACGACGACGGCAACGUGGUGGGCGCCGUGAGCGCGGCCACACUGGCGGCGCUGGUGGACACACGCAUACCCAAGGUGGAGGUGACCACGGACGCGGCGGGUGAGGAGGAGAUCGAGCUGGACGACAGCCCGGGGGCGGCGUGGCGGCUGGACGUGUCGCGGGUACCGCUGGUGGUCACUGUGGCACAGGUGGGCUCUCAGUGUGUGGUGGACCUGGCGGCGCCGGAGGAGCGCUGCAGCUCCAGCGCCCUGCACGUGGCGGUGAACCGGGCCGGCCAGGUGUGCGGCGCCACCAGCAGCGGCCGCGCCGGCGUGGAGGCGUCCAUGCUGCUGGCUAUGACGGAGACGGCGCAGCGGUUAGCGCCCGGGCUGUGGGAGCAGAUCAUGCGCUUCCUGCAGAGCCCCGCACGGUGAUAGCGUAGUGGGGUGGGGCGGAGGCGGAGCGGCGAAGGCACGAGAAGCGGCAAGCGGUGGAAAAGCGUGCAGGCGUUUCAGAACCGAGGGUCAGGGGUGCGCCGAGCGAGCAAGCGCGGGCGCCUGCGUUUCGGAAAUAUGUGCGCGAGUGUGAGCAAGCUAUUUAAUUUGGAAUUGUGGGUGCGGGUACGCGCCGAGCGCGUUCCCUGGCUUUUGUCGACGGACGGCAACCGGGACUGUUCGGCAUUUUGGACUGGUCCUGCGCUCCAGCCGCAGUGCAUUGUGAAGACAUAUGUGAUG